AAAAGGAGCAAAGCAGAUAGUAGAAGAAAAUAAGACAACGUUAAGUUUCUACCAGAACAUGAUUUUAGGGGCAACAGGGACAUACUUCAUCGUCAUCAUGUUAUUCUUUAAUUUUACGACAUUAUCAAUAACAUUAUCAAUAUUUUCUGGAAUCGUAUAUGUAGGAAGUUAUCAAUUUAUGAAAUACAUAGCACAAGCAACAUACUCAGAAUCUGGACAACUUAUAGAUUCUGGAAUCGAUCUUAAUAUGGAAGGAGGUAUAGCAGAACACAUAAAAGAUCUAAUUAUUUUAACUUCAGGAGUACAAGUACUUUCACUUAUAUCAAAUUAUUUUUGGUUGUUAUGGCUUCUGGUACCAUUGAGAGGCGGUUGGAUGUUAUGGAAACAAAUACUAUCUCCGUGGUUCUUUGCUCCUGCCGCGGAGCAACCUGAGAUUAGCGAGAAGAAACAACGGAAGAUGGAGAAAAAAAUGGCUAGACGGCAUUAGCAUUUCUAUUCGAAAUAAACGCGAACAAACAUUUAAAUUUAUUAUAACAUUAUUUAAAAACUGUAUGGGUGUGGGAUAAAGUUGAGCAAAAUUGUGAAACGAGACUGCCUGCUAUUGGUUUUAGCUUGUAUUCUUUUUUAUGUUCAUGGAAAUACUAUUUAAAUGUCUUUAAAAUAAAUUUUUAUCCAAAUUAACAGAUUAUGAAAAUUGAGUAGUGUACACAAGCGCUAUCACAUUAAAGUUGGCAACUGUUUUACAGUGUCCCAGCAAAGGAAGCUUAUCAAAGAUUAAUAUAAAAAUAAAUUUUUAUAAUUUUCAAUGUUA